UUCCAAUCCUUUUUUCUGUGCUGCUAUCGAAGCAAUCCUCACUUUUUAACUUUCGUGCCUCUAUUCGAUUCUUGGUAUUAUUAGGUUUAGAGUUAAGAGAAGCAAAGAGGAAGAAGUGAGACCGAGAAAGUGAAGAUGUUGGCCAUCUUCCACAAGACCUUUGCCCACCCCCCUCAGGAGCUCAACUGUCCUGAGUCCACCUACGGCGGCCCUCCCAAGCCCGGCUACCGCCGGCGCCAACCCAAGAACCCUGAUGAGAUCCUCCGGGACUUCCACUCCACCCACCCGGCCCACUCCUUAUGCGCCACCUUCCGCUGCGGCGCUGCCCUCGCCUGUCUCGGCCUUGACGCUCCCCAUCCCUCCCUCCACCACCAGAGGUUGUUCUGUAGCUUUGAUGAGGUAUACUGCAUGUUCGUGGGGAGCCUGAACAAUCUGAGCUCUCUCAUCAGGCAGUACGGGUUGUGCAGCAAAUCGACCAACGAGGCGCUGCUGGUGAUCCAGGCCUACCGUACUCUGCGCGACCGGGGUCCGUACCCCGCCGACCAGGUCCUCAAAGAGCUCGCCGGCAGCUUCGCGUUCGUCGUCUACGACAACAAGACCGGUGCCGUCUUCGCCGCUCUGAGCUCGGACGGUGGCGUGCCACUGUACUGGGGCAUCGCUGCGGAUGGGUCGAUUGUGAUCUGUGAUGAUGUUGAAACCAUGAAAGAAAGUUGCGGCAAAUCUUACGCUCCGUUCCCUACUGGGUGCAUGUUCCACAGCGAGGGAGGGUUGAGGAGCUUCGAGCACCCAACGAGGAAGAUGAGGGCGAUGCCGAGGGUGGACAGCGAUGGGGUGAUGUGCGGCGCCAGCUUCAGGGUGGACACCUUCUCCAAGGUCAACACCAUGCCGCGGGUGGGAAGCGCCUCCAACUGGGCCUCGUGGAAUGACUGACUCCUACUGAGGCCGAUCGGAUGCUGGUGGUGUUUGUCUAUGUACAGUCUCGGAGCUUCCGUUAAAAUAUAGUGUGUGAGAAUUGUUAUAUGAUCCGUAUCCCUGUGAGGACAUAAUGGAUUUGCGUCUGUCUCGGCAUGAUUGCUUCCUGAGUGCUGGAUAUAUAUAUAUAGGUGUUAACUUUCUUUA